AUGUAAAAUUUAAAAGAAUGUUUAUUAUCUGAAGGAGGUUAUAAAAACACAAAACGAUUUAAGGAAAAUAUUUAGGAUGAGUAAAUUGAUAAAAUAUUAUUGUAGGGACACUUUGAACUAUGUAAUUGAAACCUUAGAAGACAUCUACUAAAAUCCGAAAUCACAACCGAUUUCAUUAGUGCUUGCAAUGAGAGUAAGUCUGUUGGUAUGUUUAGCUGAGUAGUUAACAAAAGAACUGAUGGAUCUUCAUUAUGAUUGUGUAGUAUUUUCUAUAACAAACAACAUUGUUUACAUGAUAGAGGAUAUUAUCAUAGCAGAUUUAAAGAAAAACGAAAGAGGCAAAUUUUAUUUUAGUGAUUAACCAGGUAUAAUUUAAAUAAAUUAGAUUAAUCUCUUAUAUUGCUUGGAAAUACACUUAUCCGUUUAGCACUGGAAUGCAUUUUUGUAUGGAACUUAUGGCAUCCAAAUAAUUUAGCUAUCAACUAAGUGUAAUUGAAUAAGUCUCCCUUUUAGUUAUUAAAGAUUAAUUGAAAAAGGAGUACAGUUCCCAAAAUUACAUUAUUUCAAUGCUUAAAAAGUUAAGGAAUACUACCUGACUGUCAAAGAAAGUUCAAGAAAUGGCUCUAUUUACAGAUAGUAAUCAUUAAUGUUAAACGAACAAUAUUUUGAUCAACUUAAAACUAAAAUUGAGAAAAAUCAGUAUAAUAAUGUCAAACUACAUGAAAUCAAUGAGGAGUUAAAAUGUUAUUAUAUUUUUAUAAUAUAGAAAUCAAGAAUGUUAACGAAAAUUAAAAACAAUUCAUUGAAAACUUUAAUAAGGCAUAUAAAGAUUAUCUUAUUACAAAUAAAAUAGAUGAGUUCAACAAUUAAAUUUAAUCAAUGUAUUUGUAGUAUUAAAUUAAGUUGCUUAGAAUACGAUGAAUUAUCUAGCUUAAAUAAAUAGAGUAAGAAUCUUAUCAUUUAAACUAGAUAGCGCUAUAUAAUUUUGUACAUAUUCAACUGACAAAUAAAGCAAUCAAUUUUCAAGAAGUAUCAGUGUAAAAUUGAUCUUAUUGUUUAUUUUAGUCUUAAAAUUCUUAAAAAAAAAACGGGAGCAAUGACAAAUAAUUAUCCAUUGAGGAAUUACUGCAUGAAAAUGAACUUAUUUAGGCAUAAAUUCAAAAUUUUGAAAUUCCAAAAUCCAAUAGUCAUUUUCAGAAAAUAGAUUUGUGA